AUCCAAGUCGCCAAGUCCAACCAAAAUUAACUCUCGAGCCCAAGCACCCAAAAAAAUGAGCCAUUUACUCUGCAAAUCAACCUUAGCUGCUCGUUUCCUACCCUCCUCCCUCACUGCUACUUCUACUCUCAUCAGAUUCAAACCUUUCUCUCCUUCUUCUCCGCCUCCGCCGUCGCCGCAGCCUAGAGUUCCCAGAAUGUCGACGGAAGCUGCCGCCGCCUCCUCCUCAUCUUCUCCCUCUCCUUCCUCCGCCAUCGAUUUUCUCACGCUUUGCCGCCGCCUCAAGACCACGAAGAGGGCUGGUUGGGUACUUAGGGAUGUGCAGGGUCCUGAAUCGAUAGCUGAUCACAUGUACCGAAUGGGAGUGAUGGCUCUUAUUUCAGCUGAUAUUCCUGGUGUGGAUCGUGACAAGUGUGUAAAAAUGGCAAUAGUGCAUGAUAUUGCUGAAGCAAUUGUUGGAGAUAUUACUCCUUCUGAUGGGAUUUCAAAAGCUGAAAAGAGUCGUCGGGAGAGAGAAGCAAUAGAGGACAUGUGCAAACUACUAGGUGGAGGGCCCCGGGCCAAGGAGAUCAAGGAUUUGUGGUUGGAAUAUGAAGAAUGUUCUUCAUUAGAAGCUAAAGUUGUUAAAGAUUUUGACAAGAUUGAGAUGAUACUUCAGGCUUUGGAAUAUGAAAAAGAGCAGGGAAAGGAUUUGGAUGAGUUUUUCCAGUCAACAGCAGGGAAGUUUCAAACAGAUGUGGGCAAAGCUUGGGCAUCAGAGAUUAUAUCAAGACGAACAAACACAACUAAGGCAUAAGUUUUUCAAAUGUAUUGGAUUCAUGGCAGCUAUUCUUCAUAGACUAGUCCUUUCUGACCCAAGUCGCGAAGCUGGAAACUGAAGCUGUAUCUGCGUGGUUUUUAUGGAGUUGUAGUCUUGUAGAGCGUUAGAUAUUGCAAGAAUCUGAAUAGACACCUAAUUUGAACAGCAGCAAAGACACUUGUAUGGGGAGGUUAUUAGGCCAAAAAAAUGACAAAUGAUAGUUAUUUUGAUUCCAAUACCCCCAUAGUCAUAAUAUUGCAACUUUUGUGCCCGGGUCCGGUUGAUGAAGCAUGAUUCUUCUACUUUAAAUGUCACGAGUUUAAUUUUUGUCAA